AUGGUUCGUCGAGACCAAGUUGACGACAUAGACUUGUCUAUUCGCUUCAAGUAUGGCAUACACACGAUAUUCCUGUUCGUUGACGCCAACUCGACAUUCUCAGACAUCUCUGCAGAGCUCCUGGAUGUUUUGAGAGAGCGCUACCCUGACGGCCUGAAGGCGGACAAGGACAGCCCGGAAACUGCACUUCCAGAUGAUGCCUCAAGGAUAGAGUACGCAACGCUGGAAGUGGCCGGCGACCCUAGUCAAGGAUGGAAGGCACUCGACGCAAAAGGCAAUGACACGCCUAUGUUCAAGAAGAUCAAGGACAAUCAGGUUGUGGCGUUUGCAUUCCGUGAUGAGGCUGUGGAGGAGUUUGGUGAGGUGGUCUUCGAUGUGGCUUUCCCUAUUUACGAGGAGGAAGAGGAAGUCGACGAUCAAUGA